UUUCAGACUAUUUCUAUUAUCCUUUGGGUGUCCAGUUACUGUGAGAGUGUACUACGACCAUACAAAUUAAAUUUACAGAAAAAGAAAAAGAAGAAAAAAGAAACCAGCAUCAUCAUGCCACCUGUCUUUACCAGUUUCCAAGACUAUGUUACUGGGCUUCAGACUUUAAUUUCCAAUGUUGUGGAUCAUAUUAAAGGGCUUGAAACACAUCUAAUUGCACUUACACUUGAAGGACUUAUUUUAGAAGACACUUCUCUCUCACCGGAAGAGAGAAAAUUUUCAAAGACUGUGCAAGGAAAGGUGCAGAGCAGUUAUCUGCACUCACUUCUGGAAGUGGGGGAGCUGCUGAAAAAAAGACUUGAGACCACAAAGAAACUAAAAAUUUAAGCAAGUAAGAACCACAGACACUGAUGAUUCUCCAACAGAAAAUGACACCAUCUUCCCAGGCAAAAGCAACAUCUGGUUGACCAUCACUUUAAUCCAGAACUUCCUCAUAAAAUGCAUGAAGGACUUUGAUUGUGAAUUAAUUUUUUUAGGUAUUAAAUAUAUACAAUGGAUUAAAUUAUUGUAUAUAAACCAGAAGCAGGACCCUCAUCUGGGUUUGACCACUUUUUAUACAUGUUAAUAUGCAUAUGGCAGCAACAAGAUAACCCCACUUUUCUUACUUCCCAUCACCAGAAACACCUGGAGAGGGGGGUUUCUAUAAAAGCAGCAAUAGAAAUUGAGCAUAAAGCAUUGACCUCAGAGCAGCUGAUUGGCCCUUCUGUUAUAGCAGUGGAAGUUGUGGUCUCAUUCUUGAGCCUUAGGAAGCAGAAAGAAGGAAGUAGAGGGGGACUGUGACUGGAAGCAGGCCCUUUCCACAGCAGCAGGUUAGUAUUUUGAGGAUUCCUCAGCUGUUUGGCUCCCACAGAACCCAAGGCAGGUACACAAGGGGCCUCAGAUGGGAUUUGGCAUAAGUUCCUGCCACUGAAGGGCACCAUUCAGAUGACCACAGUCAUUCAUUUUUUGGCUUAAUAGCCCUGAUAGCAAAGACAUCCCCAUCAUAGUCCUAUGAGAGUUAAAUCUCAGAUAGGGAGGCAAGGAAAGCUCUGUUAAUUUA